UCGUCGUCGUCGUCGUCAUCCUCGUCGUUAUCAUCGUUGUAACCGAUCAGCCACGAUGGGUCAUCGAGGGAUCAUUUACUCGCUGAUUUGGUGUUUGCUGUCGUUUCCGGCGUGCUUCACCGAGAAGCUCUCCCCGGAUCAAAAGGCACCGUUGUUCGCGCGCGGUUCCGGCGGUCUGAUACUUAAUCCGCCCUUGGAGGGCGAAGUAAGAGCAGCCGCGAGUCCAGUGGUUUCCACAAAUGUCGCCAACGAUGAUAGCAUCAUCAGGGAGGAAAAAGCCACUUUGAAGCUCGUGGACGGCGAACUGGUCCGAGUGGUGGAGGGAUCUUUCUCCUACAAGAGCCCCGAAGGAAUCCCCGUUUCCGUUCACUACGUCGCGGACGAGAACGGAAAUCGGGCCGGCUUCAGAUUGGGCGCCGCCGCGACCGGCGGAACGGGGCGAGCUCUUAAACCAGGAAGCAACAUGUAUCUACCACCAAAGACCAACGUCGAUCGGAGCUAUCUACCACCCCAGUAGUGAUUCUAGAGAGACUCGCCUAGAUUAAUAAUUUUUAUACUUUUGUAUUGUAUUUCGUAAUUAUAUAUAUAUAUAAGUCUAAGUUUUGUACAGUAUAAAACUGUGUAGUGGAAAGUACGAAAUUAACUUUUCCUCCGCGAAUCAAGUAUUGUAAAUCGAAGAUGACAUGUAAGAAUUGACAAGAAUUCGAAAUUUACAAUUUAUUCUUGAAUUUACUACUCUCAUAUAUCACUUUUACAACCGCCAAACUGAAUAUUUUUCAUGCCAGAAAGUCAAAAAUUUUUUAAAAAUAUUUACAAUCACUUUCCAAUAUCAAUGAUUAAUGACUCAAUCUGACACGGCAUGAAUUUCUGACUGACAUAAUUACACUAAUCUCUUCUACUUUUUUGCACCGUUUGCAUAACAAGGCUUUAUUAUAAACCUUGCGCCAUCAGUAUUUUAAUUUCAUCAUCGAUGUCUCAUCGUGCGACUCGAUUGACAUGUAAGUGUAGAAGCGUGCUACGUGAAUAAAGUAUAUUUUUUUUAGUAACUCCCUGAAGUCGUUUUGUAACGUUUGCUACCACACGAGCAUGAAGGAAUCAUUCAAAGCGUAAUAUUGAAUCAUGAACGGCAAUGCGUGCUAAAUCCAACAGAAUUUAAUACGAGGAAUAUAUUGAUUCUGUACAUUGAAUAUCAAAUCCAUUACUGGUAUAUUAAAAGAAUGUGUGUGCGCGCGCGCGCGCGCAAGGAUAGGUAUACACAGGACAAAAAUACAUCAAGGCAAAAGAAAGGGAGGAGAUAGGAACGAAAGAGAGAGAGAGAAGCAAGAGUUAAGAGUAGAAUUCAGCAGUCAUCGUGAAUUAAAGAUUAGCAAUCGCAAUAGAUAAUUAUACUAUGUUAUUUAUUAAAGUUAUAAUAAACCAUACCAGAGCUAGUGAAAUAUAAAAAAAAAGGACUUACUUUCUGACAUACUUAUUGCAAUUAAAUGAAAGAUUAAUACAACGGAGUUGAAAAGACGAAUAAAAUUUUAAUAUGUUUAUAAAUGUAACAACUAUAUAGUAUAAGAUAUGCUUACAUCUCUAGAAUUAAGAUUUUAUCGAUUAUAUCGAGAAUUUUGUAAAUUUUCUUAGAAAUUUAUUAUGUACAAAUUCUCACCAUUUUAUUUCACAUACAAUAAGAAUAAUUCUUAACUCUUAAUUUAUAAUUAUUUAAUAAAGUUUCUCGUUUCCAUUGAUAUAUCGCUAUCAGAAGAAAUAACUGCCUGAUUACGCAGUUACAAAUAAUAAUAAACUGAUAAGUAGCACUAUUUACAUGUCACAAUCUAAAAGAAUAAUUCACUUUCAUCAUCAUAGAUUUAUAAUGCAAUUGUAAUAAUAACAUUCACAUACAUUGUCGAAAAGAUUUGAUUUUGUAUUUUAUAUAGGUAUAGCAAAAUAAUAAUUCUUAACAGC